CGCGAUCAAACGAUCGCGCUAUAAGUACACCAAAAUUUAUAAUAUGAUCGUUUAAGUUACUCUUUUAGUAACAAAACGGAUUGUUAAUAUCGUCAAAUAUUCAACAGGCUGUGCUUAGUCAGCAAGCCAAAGCAUAUCAAUGUAUUACCUAACACAUGUUAUGUCUGGACAUCCAUGGACCACGCAACCAUUUUCAACCCAUUCAAUCAAAGGACCAGACCAUGGAAUCAACACACCUAAGACACUGCAAUAAAGAGAAAGGGAAAGGGAAAGGUCCAUUAAAAUAAAAGGAAAUGAUAAAGAGUUACUCAUUUCUUUCCAUUUCUAGGGUGGUGUUUUAGUUUAUGAAAGCAGUAGGAUCAUAGAGCCACUCAAACUCAUCAAAAUGAAAGAGACAUAUAGCCCCCCCAUAAAAUAAACUGUCUUCUGCUCAGCUUAGCUUAUCACUUAUCAGCCUUCCUGUUUCCAUUUUAGCUCCAUGCUCUGUCUGGGUUGCCAUUUCCAGAUUUUGCUACAGACAAAACACUUCUCAACCAUAACACUACAAAGUUUCAGAAGAGCUCCUACAAAAAGAAAAAGGUUCAGAAAAAGGGGGAAAAAGAGGUCUUUCUUUUGGUAGUCUGUCCUUUGAUUUUCUUGCUUGAUCCAAGCUUCCUCCAGUUCAGUUGUUUACUGAUUUGGUCUUGUUGUUCUUCUUUCUUUCUUUCUUUCUACCUGGCUUUCUUGUACUUACUUAAGCACCUUCAAGGGCUCUCUUCUUUCUGGUUUUGUUUUGCAGUAAUUUCACUGUGAUUUCAGCACUUAAUACUUGCUUUGCUUCUAAUGGAUGAAUAAUCACUGGAUAAUAUAAGGAUCAUGAAUAGUCAGAUAGAAAAUAUCAUGCAAAAAGAUUUCCAACCUCUCCCAACAACUCGUACAGUUAGGAUAAAUUAUCUCUAAUAUGGUAUUAGAGUUUUUUAUAAGCGAAAAGUCGUAUUCAACCUCUACUAAAUACUCGACAUUAACGAUUGUUUAAGCACGUAAACUCAGUCGAUGAACUUUUAUUUUAGGGGGGUUCAUGCGCUAGUACUAUUAGAUGCAAUUCCAUGUCUUUCUUAACAACUUGAUUUAUUGAGACCGAGUCUCAGUUUUAUUUUCUGCUUCAGGUUUAACUUCCAACACUAUGAAAAUUACCACUUGAUCAAAGCGUGUUGUUAUCUUUUCUUGGUUCUGUUCCUCUACAAUGCCAUCUGAGCUUAGCUUCUUCUUCAUUUACUCAGCCAAGGCAGAAAAGUGAAAUCCAAGCACGAUGUACAGAAAUUUUGAGCACGCAUCUAACCAGCAGCAGCGACAGCAUAACCAACAAUAUGGAACCUCUAGUUCUAGAUCUCAGUGGUCUGGCAUUACUGGUAAUAGUGGUGGCUUCAUGUCAGACAAGUUAGGGGAAAGCUCCAUUGAUUUAUCUGCUCAGGGAUGCAGCUAUUUUGGUUCAGAUCCCAUGGUCCCAUACUCAAAACCUCAGCAUUAUGGACUUAGUGAGAGAACUGGGAUAAUCAUAGAGAUGCAACAAACAUCAAUUUCAGACUCAGGUACUUUGUUUUGAAUUUUUAGCAGUUUACUUUUUAUCCAUCUGGUUAACUGUAAUUCCCACGUUUACUUCAUUUACUCCAACAACUCGAAUUAUUGGAACCAAUUGGAUCUUAACAUGCCAUCCUGGAUUUUGAUGAUCAAAACAAGUGUUUUUGUGUGAAUUUUGGAAGCCCUGAACUCUUCAUUUGAGCUAUGGACAUUAUUUGCCAUCUCAUGCUGCAACCAAGAUGACAAUGUAGUCAAAUCUUUGGAAUCCAUAAGUUGAUUUCCCAUUGGCUACACAAAUAUCAAAUUGCAUUGCGUGAUAAGCAUAACCUGGUAUGCUUUGUUAUGGUGGUGUUGGUGUAACUGUCUCUGUAUGCAAAUGUAACAAUAAGAGCACACUAAAGCCACCAUGCAACAUCCUGCUAUGGGUCUUUAUUGCUGCAGUCUUAAUUUUAAGAGUCCCUUGGUAACUUUUGUUGCAAGAAAUCACAUUUCUUAUUUGGUUUUGGCUCACAGGUGAUCAUAAGCAGCAGACUAAUGAAGCUGCAAGAGGCCAAUUAGGUUGUCCUUCCUUCUAUUGUUUCUUCCCAAAAACUUAAUGGUUUGUUAUGGUUCCAUAUAUUGACUACAGGUAAGUUGACUGUAACCUAAUUGCUUGGCUGUACUAUCACAACCUGUCUCCUUGUUAUACUUGCAUGGUGGUCAGGGACGAAAAAGUAUUCUGCAUUAGAAAUGGUUGGAGAGAGAUGCUGACCACUGGUUCAUUUGCCUUUUGAAGUGCAACCUUGUCUUUCCCUUGCAGGGAGAGGGGGGCUUGGCCAGAGGAAGCUUACAUUACAGUUACAGGCUGUGGAUUCUUAAGAUACUAACAAACGUUAAUCCUUUGGAUUCUUCAUUCAAUCAGCAGAUGGAGAUUCAGGACAAGCUUCUCAACACCCAUCCAUCAAUGCUGCAUCCAUGACCAUGCCUUCAACAGUGAUCGAAUUCGGUGGACUAACACUUAGCCACCAACCAGACUCCUCCAUCGGCCACGCAUUUGCAGCUGGUCAUCAUCCUUCUGGAAUGGGGUUAGCAGUUGAAGUGGUAGAGGAACCACCAGUGUAUGUAAAUCCAAAGCAGUACCAUGGCAUCUUAAGGAGAAGGCAGUCUCGUGCCAGAAAAGCCGAGCUGGACAGGAAACUCAGCAAAGCUAGAAAGCCAUAUCUGCACGAAUCGAGGCAUUUACACGCGAUGAGAAGGGAGAGAGGAUGUGGUGGCCGUUUCCUCAGCAGCAACACUAAUAACAAAAACCAGCACCAUCAACACCAGCAGCAGCAGAAUGAGGGUGGCUCUUCUGGUGCUGCUCAUGACAAGAGUAGCAGCAGCAAGAGCUACCGAUUUCGAAAUUGAAAUAUUUCUCAAUCGAGUUUCGCGUAUCAACCAUCUCGAUCGAACAUAAUGGAGUUGGCUUUGUUCUUGCUUUGGGUUAAGGAGAAUGCGUCCCAUUUGUACUGGUGGUGAUGUAGUCGUUGUAUUUUUUUUUUUUAUAAGGGUGAUAUAAGUUUCAUCGUUUGGUGUCGUGAUUUCUUCUAUUUAAAGAGCGUGUUAGGGUAUUGUUACUUACAGCAGUCAGCAGUUGAUGAGUUUUCCAUCAGUGUUUAAACUAUAAAACCGAAAGCCUUUCUGUUUUGGAUGUUUAUAUAUCCAGGCAGGUUGCAGUGCUUGAACAUCAUUUUCUUAGGCUCACUUGAGAGCCAUUGUUAUUUGUUAAUGGGGAACUGGUGUAGAAUCUUACGAUGGACCUUAUCGUAUCUUAUUGGACCCUUUAAGUAUACUUGUUGAAAUUUACAGACAAUAAUUGUCAUUUAUAUAUACUAACAAGAAAGUGGGUGUAAAGUA